CCCUUGCGGGGCGGCGGUGGCGGCGGGAUAAAAGGAGGGGACCGGCGGAGAGUGGAGUGAGUUGGGGAAGGCGGCUGAGAGACGCGAGGAGGAGCCGGGCCGGAGGCCGCCGCCGCCACCAUGCAGGAAAUUAUCGCCAGCGUGGACCACAUCAAGUUCGACUUGGAGAUCGCCGUGGAGCAGCAGCUCGGGGCGCAGCCGCUGCCCUUCCCUGGCAUGGAUAAGUCGGGGGCUGCUGUCUGUGAAUUCUUUUUGAAAGCUGCCUGUGGCAAAGGGGGCAUGUGUCCAUUCCGCCACAUUAGUGGUGAGAAGACAGUUGUGUGCAAACACUGGCUGAGAGGACUGUGCAAGAAAGGAGACCAGUGUGAGUUCUUGCAUGAGUACGACAUGACCAAGAUGCCCGAGUGCUACUUUUACUCCAAGUUCGGGGAAUGCAGCAACAAGGAGUGCCCCUUCCUGCACAUUGACCCUGAGUCCAAGAUCAAGGACUGCCCUUGGUAUGACCGCGGCUUCUGUAAGCAUGGUCCCCUGUGCAGGCACCGGCACACUCGAAGAGUCAUUUGUGUGAAUUACCUCGUGGGAUUCUGCCCUGAGGGACCCUCCUGUAAAUUCAUGCACCCCCGAUUUGAACUGCCCAUGGGAACUACUGAGCAGCCCCCGCUACCACAGCAGACACAGCCUCCAACAAAGCAAAGUAACAAUCCGCCAUUACAAAGGUCGUCCUCCUUGAUCCAGUUAACGAGUCAGAACUCUUCUCCCAACCAGCAGAGAGCCCCGCAGGUCAUUGGGGUCAUGCAGAGUCAAAACAGCAGUGCAGGCAACCGGGGACCCCGGCCGUUGGAGCAGGUCACUUGCUACAAGUGUGGUGAAAAAGGACACUACGCCAACAGAUGCACCAAAGGGCAUCUGGCCUUUCUCAGUGGACAGUGACAGCAGCCGGAAUCUGGAGCAGCCUGAGAGCCCUGCUGUUGGGAACAAGCACUUAGCUGCUGAAUGGAGUGCUGGCAGGACUUUGGCUAGAGCCG